AUGGUUUAUGUGGAUGAUUUGGUUUUGACAGACAAUGAUUUUGCUGAAAUUGAUUCAAUGAAGAAUCUACUUAAUAAAAAAUUCAAAAUUAAGAUUUGGGGGGACUUGAAGUACUUUUUAGGCAUGGAGAUGGCUCACUCAUCAAAAGGGAUUCAUCUUUGUCAAUGCAAGUAUGCCCUAGACAUUCUCAAAGAUUUUGGCUUCUUAGAGGGCAAACCGAUUAGCACUCCAAUGGAUUACACUUGUGCAUCAAAAUUAUCAAGGGAGAGCGGCAUUGCAUUGGAAGAUCAAACUCAAUGUAGACAACUAGUUGGUAGGCUCUUGUAUCUAACCAACACAAGUCAGUUUAUCGAUUGUCCAAUAGAUGUACACUUGCAAGCUACUCACAGGGUACUGCGGUAUUUGAAAGGAUGUCCCUCAGUUGGUCUGUUCUUCUUAGCUGAAAACGAACUUAAGCUAUCAUAG